CAUACUGGAGAGAAACCUUACAAAUGUAUUGUGUGUGGCAGAGCCUUUACCAUGCGAUCAAAUCUUACUCAACAUGAGACAAUCCAUACUGGAGAGAAACCUUACAAAUGUAAUGAGUGUGGCAGAGCUUUUACCCAAUUUUCACGCCUUACUAGGCAUCAGAAAAUGCAUGCUGGGGAGAAACCACACAAAUGUAAUGUGUGCAGCAAGGCUUUUAUUGAACUUUCACAACUUUGGGGUCAUGAGAGAAUUCAUACUGGUGAGAAACCACACAAAUGUAACGUGUGUGGCAAGGGAUUUACCCAACGUUCAAGCCUUAUGGCACAUCAGAGAAUUCAUACAGGAGAAAAAUCUUAUAAAUGUAAAGACUGUGAUAAGAACUCACACUGGAGAGAAACCUUACAAAUGUAACGAGUGUGGCAAAGCUUUUACAAUGCGUUCAUAUCUUACUCAACAUAAAACAAUCCACACUGGAGAGAAACCUUACAAAUGUAAUCAGUGUGGCAAAGCUUAUACCCAAUUUUAUGAUACCAGAGACACCUAUCAGAGGACACCUGGAGUCUACCCCAAACCGAUGCUUGGUACCAGCAUGGGUCCUUUGAGACGCAUCCACUUCUCGGUACUCCUCAGCAGCUUUGGUGAUUUCUCCUGA